CCGUGGGCGUGUCCAAGUGCAGGUUUGUGCGUAACAGGCAGGUGCCAUGCGCUUCUGCGCGAGAUGCAAGCCAUGGCCUCGGGCCUCUGUGCGAGUUGCUCGCGAGUUCUCAAAGAACUCAGCGCCCAUCUGAGGAGAGUUUGCAGAGAGUUUGAGCAAAAAAUAAGGGACGUGCUCAGAGAGCUUUCUCAGUGCACCUGCUUUAGGAAUACACCUGAGCGGAGCUUCCCCAGGAGGACGACUCAAGAGUUGCCCUCUUUACACCUCCUGUAUGACGAUGAAACCCAACUGCUCAGUCAGGAAGGUCUACGAGCACUGAACAGACUUGCAGCCUCAGAAAACGCCGACCUGCAGAUGACUGCAGCCAUGUAUUAUUUACAUCUCAGUCAUCACUUGAAAUCUCCCUUGCCAGAUGCCUUCGUGGAGCCAGUCCUGGCUUUACUUUUAUCAACUGACCUGGAUGUGCUAAAGAAUAUCUCUCUCUCCUUGGUCAAUCUGUUAGUAAAGAAUAAUGUGUGUAAAGAGUUGGUGGUUGAAAUGGGGAUGCUGGUGCCCAUACUGGAGUUGUUCCAGACUGGUGAUGCCACCGCUCAGUGUCACUCCUGUGCCUGCGUCGUCAUGCUGGCCUCCUCAGAGUCAAACAGAGAUGCUAUCAUGGUGGAUGGAAUCAUACCACUGUUGGCUUUAGCAAAAUCCUAUGACCCUCAGGUGCAACAGAAUGCAACCUGGGCUCUGUUACAUCUCACACAGUCAGAUUGGUCAACAAGGAUCUUGUGUCAAGCAGGAGGUGUUCCUGUCUUGGUUCUUCUGCUGCAGUCCUCAGAUUCAGAGGUUCAGUUUUGCAGCUGCACUGCUCUGCGCAACAUCGCUGCUACCCAGGAGCAUCACCCGAAGUUGCUCAGCAUGGGGGGUCAUUAUUUGCUAAAGUCUCUUCUGACUCUCACGUCUUCCUCUGUACAAAAGAAUUCAGCUCAAGCAUGCAGAUGCCUAAAAACACUCUCAAAGAAUGUUCUGAUCCAGGAGCAGCUGAUGGAGCUGGACUGUGUGCUGCCUCUGAAGGCGCUCCUGAAAACCUCUAGUGCUGCAUGGACAGAGCCAGCCGUAACACUCCUGUCAACACUGUCUGCACACCCACCAAACAAUGACUUCCUCGUGGGUGAAGGACUGCUGGAUGACAUCGGUCAGCUGCUUCAUCAUCACAGGUCCAGCUCGGCUAUAAUCACACACAGCUGUGUGAUAAUCACUAACCUGUGUAGCUCCUGCAUGGGUCGGCAGGCUGCGAUGGAAAGUCUUUGCUUAUCAGGACUCCUCUGGGCCCUUUUGUGUCCCGCCCUGUCAGAUGACACCUUGCUGCAUGUGACAUCAUGCUUGCGUCGCCUGAUGACCUGGGAUGCACUCAGGUCUAACCUGUCAGCGACAAUAACAGCAGAAGUCGUCUCAGGACUGGUGAAGCUGUCUGGGCAAAUACAAAAUCCCCUGUUGUCAUAUAACUGUGCAGCCAUCAUGAGCAAACUAGAAAUGACUGAGGAGAUCAUCAGGUUGCUGAGACCUCAUUACGUUACGAUGUCGGACUACCUGCUGGUAUUUCUCAAAAAGAAAGAUGUUAAAUUCCAGCAGCUCAGCAUAGUGACAAUAUUCAACCUCAAGAAAGAUGGAGACUUUUCAUCUCUGCUGGCUAACACUGAGCUGGAGAUAGCGCUCAGGAAGGUGCAUGCGCAGACAGAGCAAACCAGACGGCUGCUCCAAAUGAUUCAGCCUCUUUCUCCAUCCUCCGUUAACCCUUGACUUUCUCAAUACAAAUACAGAGAGAUGUGCACAGUGUGGACUGUAUGAGGCGUUUACAUCCAUACACUGUAUGGACAAAAAAGCAUUUUUAUUAUCGUGUUUGGUGCUUUAAUGUGAUUUUUUUAUUUUUUAUUUCAUUGUUUUCAUGUUAAUUACAGUCAACAUGUUAACUGAAAAACAAGGCAGAGACGCAGCAUAGUAUCAACUUUAAUCAAAUAUGGCGUAUUUUGACUUCAACAGGUUAACAAGUGAUAGUCAUAAGCAAUACUUAAACUGUAAGAUCAAAUAUUGAUGAUCAGAUACAUGUUUUUAUAUGCUUUUAUUAUAAUAAACUCACUUAACCUCUA